GGCGGCAGAGCGAGGGGUGCGGCGGCGAAGCGCGCGGACUCAACGCCGACAAGACGGACAGCGCGCGGCAGCCGGGGCCCGUGCUGCGAGCCUCGGGGAGGACCACCGUCCCCCUGCACAGGCGCCGCUGGGUCCCGCCCUCCACUCUCAGGGAACACGAUGUGCCCGACGGAGAUGCCAAGCACGACACCAUAUUCCGAAAGGUCCGCGGUAUCCUCAACAAGCUCACACCGGAAAAGUUCCAAAAGCUGAGCGAUGACCUGCUCGGCUUGGAGCUCGACUCGGACAAGGUCCUGAAGGGCGUGAUCCUGCUGAUCUUCGAGAAGGCCCUGGACGAGCCGAAGUACUCGUCGAUGUACGCGCAGCUGUGCAAGCGGCUGUCCGAGGAGGCGCCCAACCUGGAGCCGCCCGGGCAGCCUUGCACGUUCCGCCUGCUGCUGCUGAACAAGUGCCGCGCCGAGUUCGAGAACCGCGCGCAGGCCUUCGCCGCCUUCGAGGAGCGCGCGCUCGCGCCCGAGGAGGAGGAGCGCCGCCAUCUCGCCAAGUGCAAGAUGCUCGGCAACAUCAAGUUCAUCGGCGAGCUGGGCAAGCUGGAGAUCCUGGCGGAGUCGAUCCUGCACCGCUGCAUCCAGAACCUGCUGGCGCGGCGCGCCGCCGCCGACCACCACGAGGACCUGGAGUGCCUGGCGCAGCUGGUGCGCACGUGCGGCCGCGUGCUGGACUCGGAGCGCGGCCGCGGCCUCAUGGACCAGUACUUCGCGCGCAUCGAGACCCUCUCGCACUCGCACGAGCUGCAGCCGCGCAUCCGGUUCAUGCUGCGCGACGUGGUCGAGCUCCGCAGGGGAGGCUGGGUGCCGCGCGCCGCCAGCAGCAGCGAGGGCCCCGUGCCCAUCCAGCAGCUGCGGCCCGACGCCAGCCCGCCGCGCCGCCACGACCGCGAGCAGCGCGACUCGCUGUUCCGCGGCGGCAUGCGCUCCCGCCCGCUCGACGACGUGCUGGCCGGCCUGGCGCUGCAGCCGGGGUCUCUGGUGCCGCCGCCGGACAAGAUGUUCGGCAACGGGUUCCCGUCGCGCGACGGGUUCCGGCAGCGCUCCGCGCCGUCCGCGCCGCAGGGCUACUACCACCACCGCCAGCACUACAAGCAGGGCCGCGACCAGCAGGGCAACGGCAAGGAGGCCCCGCGGCUGCACAAGGCGCGGCUGGCGGCCGGCGGCGCGCUCGAGGACGUGCAGAUGCGGCCCGCCGCCUACAGCCUCAUGUUCACCGCGUCCGCCAACCGCCUGCCCAAGCAGCCCGCGCCGCCGCCGCUGCUGCUGCCGCCGGCCCCGCAGAGUGACCCUACAGCCUCAUGUUCACCGCCGUUGAUCAAAGAGCCGGCCAUCACCAUCAAGCCGGCGCCCGACAAGAAAGAUAAGCCCAAAAAGGACAAGGGUCUGAACAAAGAGGAAGCGUGCCGCCUGCUGAUCGACGCCGCCACGGCGGCGGCGGCGGCGGCGGGGGAGGGGGGGGCCGGCGCCGGCGACGAGGACGCGGCGCUGCAGCAGCACGUGCAGAAGAUCCGCGACGCCGCGCUGCCCGACAAGGUGCUGCGCCGCGCCAUCCAGGCGCUGCUGGAGCACACGCUCGCGCACGAGGCGGAGUCGGAGGCCGCCUGGGCGCGGCUGUGCUCGGCCACCAUGGCGCUGGUGCGCGGCGUGAAGCGCAGCGGCGUGGGCGAGGCGCUGCGCUUGCUGCCGGCGGGCACGGGCGCGCGGCUGGCGGCGCUGCUGGCGCACGCGGCGCGGCACAAGCUGGUGACGCUGGCCGAGCUGGCCGCGUGGGGCGAGGCGGGCGCGCCGUGCCCGCUGCUGCUGGACGUGCUGCAGCGGCUGCAGGAGCUGGCGGGGCCGGCGGCGGCGGCGGAGCUGCACGCGGAGAGCAAGCUGGACCUGGGCGCGGCGGUGGCGGGCUCGCGCGGCGCGGACGCGGUGGCCGUGCUGGCGGCGCUGGAGGCGCGCGGGCUGGCGCACCUGGCGCCGGCGCUGCGCGUGCAGGCGCAGCUCGCGCGCCAGCUGCAGGCCGAGCCCGCGCCCGCCGUGCUCUACCGCUGGAUCAAGGGCAACGUGGAGCCCAGCGUGCGCCAGAACGCGGCGUUCGUGUCGACGCUGGUGGCGCUGAUCGCGGGCCACGUGACGGCGGCGGCGGGCUGCGAGGCGGCGCAGGACAAGGCGGCGCUGGAGCGCGAGAAGGCGCUGGCGGAGGCCUACGCGCCGCUGCUCACCGCGCUGCUGCAGGGCCGCGCCGACCUGCAGCUGGCCGCCGUCUACGCCGUGCAGCUGCACGCGCACCACCACCGCUACCCCAAGGGCAUGCUGCUCCGCUGGUUCAUGUACCUGUACAACCUCGAGGUGUGCGAGGAGGACGCCUUCCUGCGCUGGCGCGAGGACGUCACCGACGCCUACCCCGGCAAGGGCGAGGCGCUCUUCCAGGUGAACACGUGGCUGACGUGGCUGCAGCAGCAGGAGUCGGAAGACGAGGAGGCGGAGGACUAGCCGCCUCGGGACUCCCGCAAGGACCUCCACGGCCCCGCACCGCUUCUGUUUCACGCUCAUCUCAUUAUAUGAAUAUGAUUAAGCCAAAUAGUUAAAUACCUACGUUCGUUACCGGUGACGCGCGACCGCCGGGUCCCGCGU